UCUUCGCUUCUCGCUUCUCGCUUCUCGCUUCUCGGCUUCGUCUUCUCCACAAGACCACGACUUCCACAGUUCCACUCAUCUUCUCCAGUUUCAAUCCUCACAUUUUUCACGUCUACCCGUCUAUGGUUCCACCAUCGGUGAGGGCGACACUCUGAGAAACGCCUACGCCUUCGCAGCUCACUUCCUCAGUCCUCUCAAGCUCUCACGGUCGACAGUCUCACAUAUCCUUAGCUUCUGCUGGACGCCGGUGAACCCUCUCCGUCUUCGUCCAGUUACUGCACUGCUCCAGAGCCUCCGGUCACUCCAGAGUCCAGACAUGGAACUUUUUUUUAAUCACUGUUAUUAUUUUUUUCUGUUAAUUUAGGAGAUAACCUUCCUUAUUCGUUGACUAGCCUUCAACUACUUUGGUUGUAAAAUAUUAAAAUUAGUCAAAUAGUUUUUUAAAUUUUUAAUUAGUAAAACAAUGCAGUGGCAGUGUGUAUAUGCAGUAAACACUUAACCUUAUGACUUUGGUGAUUAGCACUUGGUAGUAAACACUUAACUUUAUGUAUGUAGUGGCAGUAUGUAUAUGUAAUUUUUGAUUUUGGAAGUUUUGGAUUUUUGCUUAUAGUCGGUUUUUCGGUAACCGACCGAAAACCGACGGUCGGUCAUAGAACCACCUUCGGUCGGUUACGAGGGUCAAAAAUGAAUGUCUGUUUUUCGGUCUGUUAGGUAACCAACCGUCCGUUUGCUCACCCCUAGGUAUAACAAUGGAAAAGAGCGUCCAUUUGCAAUUACAGCCUUACAGAGUUACGGGCCCAUACUUUCAGUCCAAUUUUGGCUCUAACCGUCGGCCGUUUGAUUGCGUCAGCAUGCAGGCUGCCGUUAAAACACUUUUUUAUUUUUUUUUAUUUUUUUUAUUUUAAAGAUGUCCGUUAAAACGCUUAAAACCCUAAUUCCCCCUGCUCUACAUCUUCCUGCAUUCUGCAAACCUUAGGCGCUCUUUAAUGGCUUCUCAACCUUCGGAUAGCAAGAAGAAGCAGAAAAAACCUAAAAAGCGUAUCCGAGAGGACUCUGAACUACUUGAGCAUCUCGACUCACUUCCAUGGAACUCUUCGCUCCCUGAAACCGAUGGCGCGUUCUCCCAUCUCUUCGGUGACGAUGAACUCGGAGGAGGAUUUUUAUCACUGGAGGAGGUUGAUGAAACAACAUACGGAUUGGAGAUUCCAAAGUCGAGUGGAGGAAAUGAGGAGCCAAAAUCCAAGGGAAAGCCAAAAACAAAAAAGCAGAAAGUAAGUGAAAAUCAUGAUGAUUCCAAUGGUGAAGAGGGAGAUGAUAAAGCUGAUGAGGAAAUAAAACAAAAGAAAAAGAAAAGAAGUAAGAAGAAGAAGGGUAGCCUGGUGAAUAAAACAGAAGACAAUACAGAAUUAACAGCUGUUUCCAACAACAAAAAUGAUGAUGACGAGGAUUCAGUAGACGAGACUGAAUUUUAUGCAUGGAAUGAAAUGAGACUUCAUCCCCUGCUUAUGAAAUCAAUAUACAGACUGAAUUUCAAGGAACCCACACCAAUACAGAGAGCUUGUAUUCCUGCAGCUGCUCAUCAAGGAAAGGAUGUUGUAGGUGCUGCAGAGACUGGAUCUGGAAAAACACUUGCAUUUGGUUUACCCAUUCUUCAGCGCCUUCUUGAAGAGAAAGAAAAAGCUGACAGACUUAAUGCAGAAGAUGGGGAGGUAGAUGAAAAAAUAGCUCCUAGAGGUCUUCUUCGGGCUCUAAUUGUUACUCCUACAAGAGAGCUUGCACUUCAGGUCACUGAUCACAUCAGGGAAGUAGCAAAACACACCAAUAUUAGGGUUAUUGCUAUUGUUGGUGGCAUGUCUACUGAAAAGCAAGAGAGACUAUUGAAAAGAAGGCCUGAAAUUGUGGUCGGGACUCCUGGGAGGCUAUGGGAACUUAUGUCAGGUGGAGAAGUUCAUCUUGUCGAGCUACAUUCAUUAUCAUUCUUUGUGCUGGAUGAGGCUGAUCGCAUGAUAGAAACUGGGCAUUUUCAAGAGUUGCAGUCCAUAGUUGACAUGCUUCCCAUGGCUAGUAGAUCAACUGAUGGGCAUUCUAUGGAAACACAGAAUUGCAUAACAGUUUCAAGUGUCCAAAGAAAGAAAAGGCAGACUUUUGUCUUUUCUGCAACUAUUUCCCUAUCUGCUGAUUUUCGGAAGAAGCUGAAGCGUGGAUCACAAAUAUCAAAGUCUAAUGAUGAGUUGAAUUCAAUUGAAACUCUUUCAGAGAGAGCAGGAAUGCGAGCAGAUGCUGCUAUUGUUGACCUAACAAAUGCAUCAAUAAUGGCAAACAAGCUUAUGGAGUCAUUCAUUGAGUGCAGGGAAGAAGAUAAAGAUGGAUAUUUAUAUUAUAUCUUGAGUGUUCAUGGGAAAGGGCGCACAAUUGUUUUUUGUACAUCUGUUGCAGCAUUACGCCAUCUUUCCUCAAUGCUGCGCAUCCUUGGCCUCAAUGUUUCGACACUUCAUGCCCAGAUGCAACAGCGAGCACGACUAAAGGGAAUUGAUCGUUUUCGCUCGAAUGAAAAUGGCAUACUUAUUGCUACUGACGUUGCAGCCAGAGGCCUUGAUAUUCCCGGUGUUCGAACUGUUGUUCAUUACCAGCUUCCACAUUCAGCUGAGGUUUACGUUCAUAGAAGUGGAAGAACUGCCAGAGCUUUCUCUGAUGGGUGUAGUAUUGCCCUAAUCUCUUCAAAUGAUGCAUCAAAGUUUGCUUCUCUAUGCAAAUCCUUUGCUAAGAAAAGCUUCCAGCGAUUUCCUGUAGAGAUAUCAUACAUGCCGGAGAUUAUGAAAAGAUUAUCCCUUGCACGCCAAAUAGACAAAAUUCUUAGGAAAGACUCUCAGGAUAAGGCCAAUAAAACUUGGCUUGAACGACAUGCUGAAUCAGUUGAGUUGGAAUUGGAUGAUGAUGAUAGUGAGGAGGAAAGGGUAAAAAGUUUUAAACAAAAGAGAGCCACUUCUUCUCAAUUAAAGAACCUGCAGCAGGAACUGAAGUCUCUUCUUUCUCUCCCAUUACAACCCAAGACAUUUUCGAAUCGCUUUUUGGCAGGGGCUGGGGUUUCUCCUCUCCUGCAGAACCAAUUAGAGGAACUAGCUAAGCUGAAACUUGGCAAAAUAAGUAAUACUGGAGACAGUCAAAGGAGGAAAUUGGUGGUUAUUGGGCAGGAUUGUGUGGAGCCUCUCCAGGCACUUCGAAGUGCUGGUCCAGAGGCACAUCUGGAUUUGAAGGGGAUUGCAGAAAAGCGGAAAAACAUGGACAACAUAAGGAGAAAGAGAAAAGAAGCGAAAAAACGUCAGCGUGAGCAACGUCGAAAGCAGAGGAAAAAGUCUCAAGGUGCAAAUGACUGAAUGAGUAAAAAAUCCACGGGGGACUUCAAAUUCGCGAGCCUAACAACAUAGAGCAAUUGGCCAAUUUUGUAGCAGUGCUAAUCAUAAGGUGGAGUAUCCUUUCCCAAUGUUAUAUUGUUACGAGUAUUUGUCAGCCAUAAAUGGUGCAAUAACUUAAGAGUCAAUUUUCCGAUAUGUAAAAUGUCUUUAUGUGGUGAGUUAAAGUGUGCUUCACUUAUUUGUCAAACUUAUAUUAGUUUAUGAAGGGAACUUGUGUUAUAAAAUGCGAAAUAUUAAUUCCCUCUAUGUGCCAUGAUCAGGAAUUCAGGAUAUUAACCCUAAACCCAUUCCACCAUGAAUGAAUCAAAUUAUUUUGAA